UCAGUACAAAGUACACAUACAACUCAGACAUAACUACAUGAAAGAGGUAACUUGUGUUAUUGACGUGAUAUUUUGUUUAUUGAAGCGAAGCGACAGUUUGUUUCUACUGGAACUAGAGUGUCUAAAACAAAGGCUAAACAACUGAACACUUUGUUUUAUUAUUCUGUCAAAUAUGCGUCUUAGAGUGCAAGUCAAAUAUGUUACAGAGCACAUGCACUAUUUAGAAGAAAAGAUACACGUCAUGAAACCUGUGGUUGAAGCUUUGCAAGGUGCUGUAGACAAAAGUAUGACUUGGUUAGAAGAUAAAAGUGACAACGAAUCUUUGACAUACUGUGAUCUAUGCCAAGAACUUGAAUCAGCUACCUUGACCAUGUUGAAUGUAGCGGCUCAUAUCUUAGACGAAAAUAAAGACAUUGUUGAGAAUGGAAGGUCAUUUUCAUCUCAGUCUACCUCACAAACAACAGCAACAGAAAAAUGUGGCCGUAGGCAGUCAACAGAUCAAAUCAUUAACGAACUUUAUAAACCAUCAGCCAUAGAAAUAUUAAGUCGACUUGAGCAGAUAGAGACAGCCAUAACUUCUCUACAAGACGUCAGUCGACUUGAGCAAAUAGAGACAGCAAUAUCUUCUCUACAAGACGUCAGUCGACUUGAGCAGAUAGAGACAGCCAUAUCUUCUCUACAAGACGUCAGUCGACUUGAGCAGAUAGAGACAGCCAUAUCUUCUCUACAAGACGUCAGUCGACUUGAGCAGAUAGAGACAACCAUAUCUUCUCUACAAGACGCCAAUUACAAGUCUACAGAUGACAUAUCAGAAAUAAAACAAUGGAGAGACAACUUUGUAACAGAACAGAUUAACAUGAGGAUUGACAAUAUUGAAAAUACUAUUUCAAAGUUGUCCAAAGAAGUUCAUCUGAUCGAGUCACGUGUAUGUAACAGAUAUGCUUGUCAUGUACAGCUUGCUGAUAACACACCUGUCAGUGUUGGAUCAAUUAUUUCAAGAUUUAGUAAAGUACGUGAAUAUAACGGUCAACAUUUUAACCAAAGAACAGGAAAAUUUGUAUCACCACAUGAUGGUUUAUAUCUUGUCUGUGUGACUCUACAUGAAUGGGCAGAUAAACGGAUUGUAGUUGGCGUGAUCGCGGAAGGCGUGUGGUGUAAAACUAUAGAAGUGAAAUGUGCCGCCACUAGCGCUGCUGGGUCAGUGGUUGUUGACAUGAAGAAAGGUCAAGAACUUUACCUGAAAGUGGUUCAAGCAGAACAAGGCGCAAAUUUAUCCUUGAUAAGUAGUUUUACUAUCGUUAGUUUAUAAAAGUACAACAUAUAACAUGGUGGGUGGUAAAUUCUCUAAACAAUAAAAUAUGUAACCACCAUGUUAAACACACGCGAACAACAUACUAUGUGUGUAGACUACAUGUCUACAAACACUUGAAUGGUUUACAUGAAAUUUGUUUAGUUAUCAUUUUGUUUGUAUUGAUUUAAUAUGAUCACUAAUUAUGUUUUCUACUUGACCAACGUUAUAGAAUGUAAGUAUGUAGGCCUACCAUUGCCUUCACUGUAUAUGAUGGUUUGUAAAAAAAAAUAAAACGUAUUUACCUUGUUAACAGAACCCUUGAGACAAACCAAAGAACUUCCACAAAGACGAAUGUUAAAAUAUGUUCACUGUACAUCAUCAAUAUGUGCCCUAUGUAUCGAAAGUAGGCUAUUAAUCCAAGUUAGUCAUUUGUAAAAUAAAAGUUACAAUUAUUUUUAUUUUACUACAAGUCUCUGUAAUUGUGAACGCUACAUUCGUUCAAUAAAUAAAUGACAG